AUGGCUGAGUACGCACAAUACCCAGCAAGCAUGCCUCAGGACUUUGAGCUCUACUCAAACACUCACGAACACCACAUGGAGUUCCACCACAGCCACCCCUUCAUGUCUUCAGCAUAUGGCAUGGAGCAUGCUUUCAGUGCCUCCUACGACCCAAUGGCCCCCCUCACAGAGAUCCCGAGGCCUCAAGAUCUACAAUACCAUUACGAUGCCAUUGUGCAAGGUGUUCGCCCAUAUCAAUACCACACCCCAGCUGGAUCGCCUCACUCUAUUUCCCAUUCCUUCCACGAGAUGCCCCCUGUUCUCGAAGCCUCUUCCGAGUCCGGUGCUUCCGUAUCUUCAUCUGCCAUGGGCUCACCGGCGAUUGUGCCACAGUUCAAUGAGUCAUGGAACCCCAUGCCACUAGGACACGUUCCUGGUUAUGAGUACACAAACAUGGCAACCGAAAAGUCCUAUGUGGAUCCUAAUCUGAUCCAGCCAUUCGCAUUCGCCCCACCUAGCCCCUAUCCUGAAAUCAGGACAACGCCAUCUCCCUACUUCCCGGUCAUCGAGCAACCUCCUUCCCCCGCUCUCUCAAACAUCUCCUCAUAUAGUCAACGAGGAUCAACGAGACACAAGAAGGGUAGCGCUAGCCCCUACCUCCACACCCAGCAAUACCGGCCUUAUCCCCAAGGCCAACGGCGAAGCUCAGUCAACUCUCUUCACUCGCAACACUCAGGCACAAGCCGCAAGAGCGGUAGCAGCUAUGAAGUGGAUGAUGAGACACGCGAGAAGGGCAUGUGCCCUCUGCCAGAGUGUGGACGUGUCUUCAAGGACCUAAAGGCUCACAUGCUCACACACCAGAACGAGAGGCCAGAGAAGUGCCCUAUCGCGGCGUGCGAGUACCACGUCAAAGGCUUCGCACGGAAAUACGACAAGAACCGACACACCCUUACACAUUACAAGGGCACCAUGGUUUGCGGUUUCUGUCCAGGCAGUGGCUCCGCGGCUGAAAAGUCAUUCAACCGCGCUGAUGUCUUCAAGAGGCAUCUCACCACCGUUCACGGGGUCGAACAGAAUCCCCCCAACAGCCGUAAGAGGAGCCCAUCGAACCGCAAGGUUCUCGGAAACGCACAGCCCAACGUUGCUGGAACUUGCUCCACUUGCUCAGUCACCUUUGCGAAUGCACAAGAGUUCUACGAGCACUUGGACGACUGUGUCGGCUCGAUGCAGCACGUCGGGGGUGGUAACAAUGCAAACCAGCAGCAACACUACUCUUCCUCGCGUGUCACCAAACCCGGUCCCCGGACUGGUCUCACCUUCUCCAAAGGCGGCGUAGCCAUUGUCAGCUCUGGUCGCAAAAAGCGCAAGAACUACCCCGUAUCUUGGGGCUGUGCUGCCGACAAGAUGAAGAUGAAGAAGCGCGUACUUUGUGUCUACGAUGGACCGCGCAGACUAUGGAAAGACGAUCUGAUGCUCGACCAGGAGUACGAAGUGCGCUUGAAGAUGUCAGAUGGCAAAUCCUAUGUGACCGAUCUGGACGUCCAAACAAUCAAUCGCGCAGAGGCCAUGCACAACGCUACCAUUGAAGAGAAGGGGCCUUUGAUGCCCGAGAGAGUGGCUUGCGCUGUUACCGCACAAGUGAGUAAUGCCAACUGGUUUGGGGGCAUGAAUUGAGCAUUUGCGUUUUCUGCGAGCGUUUUGAGCGACACGAUCGGCAUAGCAUAUGCAUGGGGUGAAACAAAAGGUCACACGGAUGACCCGUACACAGAGAUGCUGAUGAUCAACGACGACAAUGACUUCUUUGUUGUACUAUCAAGUUUGUAGUUUUUUGCAUUCUUGUUUCUCUUCGAUCGAUACCACUAGGUUUGUUCCAGCCUAGGGGGCACUUGGACACUUGACGAGCGGGAAGGCAGGUUUUAUAUCUGGACGUGCUGGCCGCGAAGAUGUAAUGAUUAAAGAAUCUAUUGGUUAUCCAAUCUUAUUGCUACCAUAUCUGCCUACCUCUAUGCAUACGAUUUGAAACCA